UGGGUCCGCCGCUUCCCUCUGACGCGACCAUGACACAUGAAUUAUGAGAGUAAAAUCAUGUGACGAGCGCAAAGGGAUCUUAGCCCAACACAUAUAUAAUAACCUGAGGCAGCGGGAGUGUUAUUUCCUGAAAAAUGCUGCUGCGGAAACUGCCUGAUUUGACAGUUGAUCGUAGGAGGAUCUGACUGAGAAGAAGCAACAUGUUCCACGUUCCUGUGAAGCGAUAUUAUCGGAGCAGGAAACCCUUAUCUAGCCAUUAAAGGGAUUCCAGACGGUUCGCCAGGUCUACGGUACGUUGGAGGAUCACAGUCGGACAGCGACGGGGCGAAGCGGAAGCUCUGAACAGUUUGAGAACAACAUGGAAGAAAGUGACGGCGGCUCUUCGCUGGAGGCCACGAGGAGCCACUUUGCAGGAUCGUACAAGACGCAUCUGAGCUCCUAGGAGGCGUGCAGAGGACUCGGGUUCCAGUCCAACCCCCAUCUUGACCAGGGUCCCUGCCCCGAUCCGGUACAGGAAAAAUUACCACGCUGCACACAGACUGACAGACGGGUAAAUGAUGUGACUUUACUAUGUUUACUCAUCCUGAUAGAGCUCAGAAAUAUCCCGCAAUGUAUUGACCCAAAAUAAACUUUUCCUCACAUCACGUUGAAGCUGCACUUAAAAAAAGAGAAAGAGAGUGAAAAAACAAACAAACUGGAGCACAAAGGCUCGUUUACCCCACUCGUGCCCUCGGGAGGAGGACGGAGGGAGGAGUGAGGAGUGAGCAUCUCCACCCCGCGCGCUCUCCGUCCUCGCGAUCGCCACCGCACUCGAACCCCGGGCUCUCAGGUUCCCGCUGCCCGCAGGACCGACUCUCUGUCCCCGCGGAACCAUGGCCUCGUGCAGGCGGACGCUGUGCGCGUGCGGCUGCGCGGCGCUGCUCUGCGCGCUCCUGCUCGCGCUGGCGCUGUCGCUCGCGCUCCGCCACGCGCUGCGCUGCUCCGACGGGACCUUCGCGCACGGCGCGGUCUCCGCGGACUCGGGCACCUGCUCCAAAAUCGGCAGGGACAUCCUGCAGCAGGGUGGCUCGGCAGUAGAUGGCGCCAUUGCGGCGCUGUUGUGCACUUCCCUGCUGAACCCCCAGAGCAUGGGCCUUGGCGGGGGCUCCAUCUUCACCGUGCGGGAAAAGAGCGGAAAGGUCACAGUAAUUAAUUCGAGGGAGACAGUCCCUAAGGUGUUCAAAGCAGACCUGCUGAAAGACUGCCCUGUGGACUUCCAGAUGGGGUCAGGCAGCCGGUGGAUCGGAGUGCCGGGGGAGAUCCGCGGUUACGAGCGAGCCCACUCGCUGUUCGGGCGGCUGCCGUGGGCCACCCUCUUCCAGCCCAUCAUCAAGCUCGCUCGGGAGGGCAUCGCCUUGCCGACCGUCCUGAACCGCUACCUCUUGCUGCUCAGGAAACUCGGAGAGACAUCCCCCCUGCGGAAGCUGUUCAGCAACGAGAACGGCACCCUGCUGAAGGAGGGCGACAUGCUCAGGUUCAAGCAGCUGGCAGAUACUCUGGAGGUCAUCGCCAACCAAGGGCCCGACGCCUUCUACAGAGGGAAGAUAGCGAGGGACCUGAUCCAGGACGUCCAGGAUGCAGGUGGAACAUUAUCUUUGGAGGAUCUGGAAUCGUACAAAGUGAAAGUGAUGGACGCCUGGCCUGUUACGCUCGGAGACUACGAUAUGUAUGUCCCUCCACCACCAGCAGGGGGCGCUGUUCUCAGCUUCGUCCUGAACAUCAUGAAAGGGUACGACCUGGAUCCAUCUUCAGUCGUUGGUGAGCAGAAGACCUUGAUGUAUCACCGCUACGUGGAGGCCUGCAAGUUCGCCAACAGUCGAAAACGGAGCAUCCGAGACCCUGCCUUCUCCUCUGACACGGAGGCGUUCCGGAUGACAAAGGACGAGUUGGCAGACAGCGUCCGAGGGAAGAUCAGCAGUAACAAAACCCACAACUCCUCCCAUUACAGUGCCGGGCCUUCCUGGGACCACAUGGGAACCACUCAUGUCUCCGUCUUGGCUGAAGACGGCACUGCUGUGUCAGCCACCAGCACCAUCAACCACAUCUUCGGCUCCAAGGUCUACUCCCCGAAGACCGGGGUCAUACUGAACAACCAGCUGUUGGACUUCUGCGGCCUGGCAGAUCGUAUCUUGGCUGGAGAGCAGCCUCCUUCCUCCAUGGCUCCUGUUAUUCUGCACUCCGCCACCAGACAGAAGACCCUGGUGAUCGGGGCAUCUGGGGGCAGCAUGAUCACCACAGGGGUGGCUUCGGCCAUCAUGAACCACCUAUGGUUUGGGAAGGACCUGAAGGAGGCCAUCUCAGCUCCUGUGGUCUUUGUGGACUCCAAAAACGCUCUGAAGUUUGAGCCCGACUUUGACCAGGACGUGGUGGAGGCACUGAAGGCCCUGGGUCACCGAGUGGAGAAGACCAAAUACUUCUACAACGUUGUGAACGCCGUCACCGCGCGAGGGGGCUGCGUGGGUGCCGUGUCCGACGCCCGGAAGCUGGGAGAGGCGGCGGGGUACUGACACGAACGCGCGGCCGAACCUGUCGGCAGAUGACCACGCCCGCUCCGACCGUGACGUGUACCCAGACAGGAAGUGGUGUGGAACCUCAGGAGGAUGUCAGCCUGCGGCUGAAUGCCUGAUGCACGGGACCAGAGUUGACACGCGAAUCACACACGGUGAUCGUGAGCUGUCCUUAAUGACCAGCAGAGCGUUCGCACUGUGCUGGGGAGAGCAGCUGAGCCCCAGACCUGAGCUCACUGGUGUCCAUCCGCAUACCAUAGUGAACAUGAAGUAGAGCAUAGUAAACACUGAACUGUACAUAUCUGAUCACCAGAUACUCUCUCCUCUUUAUUUGACCA